AUGCGUCUCUAUCCCUCAUCUACCGCCGUUCUGCUCUCGGCCCUCUUGUCCCUUCGAGUCCCGACGGUCUCCGCCUCUCGAGUCUUCGAGUCUCAAUCGUUGGAUUCCUGUCAAUCCACAACCAAUUUCACCGUUACCUUAUUCCAAAUCGCCUUCUCCCCCGACAACGGGACCUUGUCCAUCAAUGUCAAGGGCGCCACAUCUAUCACAGGAAAGGUGCGUCUCGAGGUCGACGCUGCCGCCUAUGGAUACACCUUCCUCAAAGAGUCCGUGGAUCCGUGCACCAUGGGCGUCGCCUUUUCAGGCUUCUGUCCAUUAAAUCUUCCCCAGAUCAAUUUUGACACCACCUACAACAACAUCUCAUCGUCCGUGACGAGCUCAAUCCCAGGCAUUGCCUUUCAAAUCCCCGACCUGGAUGCAACCGUCACGGUCCACUUGUAUAUGGCGACUGACACGGAACUAACGAACAGUUUGGCUUGUGUUCGCUCGCGAAUUUCCAACAGGAAGACAGUAAACCAAGACGGAGUCAAGUGGGCGACCGCCCUGAUCGCCGUCUUGGGUCUCAUUGGCUCUGCCUUGGUAUCUGGUCUUGGACAUGCCAACACCGCCGCCCACGUAUCGCUCUAUGCAGCAUCGCUCUUCAACUACUUUCAGGCCCUCGCUAUCAUCGGCCUGUGUGCAGUCCCUCUCCCACCGAUCGUGCAGGCAUGGACUCAGGACUUCAAUUGGUCGUUGGGAAUUAUCAAGGUCAAAUUCCUCCAGAAACUGGCGACCUGGUAUCAGAUGUCGACGGGUGGGACACCGUCGACAAUCCUAGCUACGCUGGAAACAAAGUCCGUCCAGGUCGCCAAACGAGCUCUGGAGGUGCUUGGACCAGCUCGCUCACUCUACCCGCGUACUGCUCCGAUUGCCACCACGGAAAGUGGCGAGUACAUUGUCACGGGUAUCGACCGAGCUGCGUUUCGUGCAAAUAUGGAACCGACGAAUCUGUUCCUCACGAGUCUGAUUUUCUACUGCAUCUUCAUCAUCCUCGCCCUGGUCGGUCUUGGGCUUUUCAAGUUACUGUGUGAAUUGGCACUUCGACGCAGAUGGUUCUCGAGCCAGCAAAAUCUUCUCCAAGAGUUCCACGAUAAAUGGCUGGUGACGCUCAAAGGCGUCAUCUUCCGACUGAUCUUACUGGGUUAUCCUCUCAUGACUAUUCUGUGCCUCUGGGAGUUCACGCAGAAUGACUCUCCAGGCGAGAUAUUCUUGGCCCUCAUUUUUCUGUUCGGCAUGACAAUAGCACUCGCCUUGGCAGCCGUCAAUGUCAUCAACAUCGCCAAACACUCUAUACGGAUCCACAGGACCCCGGCUUUCUUGCUUUAUUCAGAUGCAAGUGUAUUGAACAAAUGGGGGUUUCUGUACAUACCAUUCAAAGCCACCGCCUACUUCUACAUUGUUGCCACCUUGGCGUAUAUCCUACUAAAGGGUAUCUUCGUUGGCCUUCUGCAACACAAGGGCACGGUGCAGGCUUUUGCUCUCGUCAUCAUCGAGGCGGCUGCGCUUGUCGGGGCAUCAAUUGUACGACCUUGGAUGGACAAGCCAGCAAACGCUAUCAACAUCUCCAUCUGUGUGGUCAACUUCGUGAAUGCGAUUUUCCUGCUUAUUUUCACCAACAUCUUCAAGGGACCUGGCCUUCUCAUUGGCAUUACGGGCAUGGUAUUCUUCUUCCUGAAUGUCAUAUUUGCCUUGGUAUUACUGAUCCUCGUCCUCGUUGUGGUUACCGUUUCCCUCGUCAGGAAGGACCCAGAGAGUCGAUAUCAACCAAUUGCAGACAAUCGAGGAUCAUUCAUCAAAUCUCAAACGGCCUUGGUGCCUAUGGAGCUUGAUCAAUUGGGACUAUCGGCGAGAGGAGCACUCGAUAACGAGAAAGAGAUGCAGAGUCGCGAUCUUACGCAUCAGCAGGGUGACAAUGGCUAUCAAAACACCUACAGCGGGGCGGGCGGACCACCCAGUCCCGGGCUCCAAGCCUACAACCAGUCUCCAGCUUUCAAUCCGACCCACUAUCCCUCGGAAUCGCACGAGAGACUGGGUGAUCCCUAUGGAGGCUCCGACAGUGGACGAUUAAAAGCAAGCCCAGUCUAUGGUUCUGAUAGCUCGCGCCCAAGCUCGUCCCACUCGAACAUCCAGCGCGAAAAGAGUCCUUAUGGUGCUGAAAGAAAACCCGUGACUAGCCCUUGGCAACGCGGGGCCGGUUAUGAUCAUUGA